AUGGCUUCAUCACAGCGCGUCGUCAUUAUCGGAGCCGGCAUCGUUGGCACUAACAUCGCCGACGAGCUGGUCUCGCGCGGAUGGAGCAAUAUCACCGUGGUCGAGCAGGGGCCGCUGGACAUGCCAGGGGGCUCAACAUCCCACGCCCCCGGCCUCGUAUUUCAGACCAACGGCUCCAAAACCUUGAGUUAUUUCGCCAAGUACACGGUGGAAAAGCUGCUAUCAAUCGAGUGCUUCAACCAGGUGGGCGGCCUGGAGGUGGCAGAAACCCCAGAGAGACUCGAGGAUCUCAAGCGGAAACACGGCUACGCCUCGUCAUGGGGCAUUGAGGCACACCUUCUUAGCGCCGAUGAGUGCCAGCAGAUCUACCCACUUUUGAACAAAGACAUCGUCCUCGGCGGCCUGCACAUUCCAACCGACGGCUUAGCCCUGGCCGCCCGCGCAGUCCAGCUGCUGAUUGAGCGCACCCGGAAGGCCGGCGUUCGGUACCUCGACCGGACCCCAGUCACCGGCAUUGAGCAGAAGGACGGCCAUGUCACCGGUAUCACCACCAAGAACGGCACAAUCCCCGCCGAUAUCGUUUUGUCGUGUGCUGGCUUUUGGGGAGUCGAGGUGGGAGCCAUGAUUGGCCUGCCCAUCCCUCUGCUGCCCGUCGGCCAUCAAUACGCAAAGACGACCCCUGUCCCCGCGCAGAAGGGGAAGAACUCAGAGCCCAACGGAGCCAGACUACCAAUCUUGCGACACCAGGACCGCGAUCUUUACUAUCGUGAACAUGGCGACUCGUACGGCAUCGGCUUUUACGGCCACCGUCCUCUGCCCGUGGUCGCCGCUUCACUGGGCGAGACCCCGGAGCAUGUCAACGAGGACAACAUGCCCUCGCGGAUGGACUUCACACCUGAGGACUUCAAGCCGGCGUGGGACUUGACCAAGAAGAUCCUCCCGGCUCUAGGCGAGACGGAGAUUGCUUACGGUUUCAACGGCAUCAUGUCCUUCACUCCCGACGGCGGACCUCUCGUCGGAAGAGCCCCCAAUCUUGAGGGCUUCUGGGUAGCAGAGGCAGUUUGGGUCACACAUUCGGCCGGUGUCGCACGCGCAGUUGCCCAGCUUCUCACCACGGGCAGGGCAGAAAUCGACCUGUCCGAGUGCGACAUCUCCCGCUUCGAGCAGGUUCAACUUACACCCGCCUACGUCAACGAGACUUGCCAACAAAACUUUGUCGAAGUCUACGACGUCUUGCAUCCCCUUCAACCAAAAGAUUCCCCGCGCAACCUGCGCGUCAGUCCUUUCCACACCCGCCAGCGCGAGCUUGGUGCUUAUUUCCUCGAAGCCGGCGGCUGGGAGCUACCGCAGUGGUUCGAGUCAAACGCCGAUCUUGUUGAGCAGUUGCCGGACAAGUGGAAGCCAAGGCAGCGCGAUGCAUGGUCUGCGCGGUACUACUCCCCGAUCGCAGCUGCUGAAGCGUGGAAGACGCGCACAGCGGCUGCGAUGUACGACUUGACGCCCAUCCGUCGGGUGGAAGUCUCUGGCCCUGGAGCUGUCGAUCUGCUUCAGCGCGUGACAACAAGCGACGUCUCUAAAAAGCCGGGCAGCGUCACUUUUACCCUGCUUCUCGACGAGCAGGGUGGCGUCAAGAGCGAUAUUUUCGUAGCACGUCUGCUCCAGGACGUCUUCCAACUUGCUGUAAACGGGCCUACUGACCAAGCAUACCUGGCGAGGGAAGCUCGUCUGCAAGCCAAGAAGAACCCGAGCAAGUGGGCUCAAGUGAGAGAUGUCACCGGCGGAACAUGCGGCAUUGGACUCUGGGGUCCUCGCUCGGCGGACAUCGUGGCAGCCAUCAGCUCAGACGACUUCACCAACAAGGCGCUGCCGGAUUCCCACGUCAAGGCCGCCAUCAUUGCGGGUAUCCCGGUGCUGGCGAUUAGACUGUCCUUCGUCGGAGAGUCAGGAUGGGAGAUUUACACGAGCGCUGAGAAUGGCCAACGUCUCUGGGAUGCACUUUGGCAAGCUGGCCGAUCGCAUGGUGUUAUCGCGGCUGGUCGCAGUGCAUUUAAUGCCCUGCGGCUUGAGGCAGGGUUCCGGAGUUACGGCUCCGAUGUCACGACGGAGAACAACCCGUUCGAGGCAGGACUCGCUUUUGCCAUUGACACGAACAAGCAGGGCUAUGUUGGCCAUGCUGCUGUCAAGAAGCUGUCUCAGUCUGCGCCGGCAAGGAGACUACGCUGUCUCACAGUUGAUGACGGUCAGUCUGUUGUGCUUGGAAAGGAACCGGUGUUCUUGGACGGCAAGGCUGUCGGUUAUGUGACCAACACAGCAUUUGGGUACACAAUCGGCAAGCCGAUUGCAUACAGCUAUCUACCGAGUACGCUUAAGGAGGGAGACGGAGUUGAGAUUGAGUACUUUGGCCGCCGGAUCAAGGCAACUGUGACGGCAGAGCCUCUGUAUCAGCUGGCUGCGGGCGUUAAUGAUGGAUCAAAGGUAGCAAUUAGGUCUCGUUUGUAA